CUUCCCAUCUCAGCCCCCUUCUCUCUCCCUCAAAUUGGACCUGCGAGUCCAAAGUUAAGAGGAAGCAUAAUAUAAAGAUGUGUGGUGGUGCAAUAAUCUCCGGCUUCAUCGAGGCCAAGCGUGGCCGCCGGCUGACAUCAGAGGUACUGUGGUCCGAGCUUGACCCUGACUUCUCCGGCCUCCUCGGCCUGCCUGACGGACCCAAUCAACUCCCUGCUGGUAGAAUCCAUCCCAAGCCACGGGGGCAACUCAACAAGGAUGUGGGAACUGACAAGAAGGCCACGCGCAAGAUGAGGCGCGUGGGUGACAAGUCCUCAUCGGAUGAGGAGGCCACGGGGAAGGAGGGCGGCGAGAAGGGCCGGAAGAACGUGUACAGGGGGAUCCGGCAGAGGCCGUGGGGCAAGUGGGCUGCAGAGAUCAGGGAUCCCCACAAGGGUGUUCGCGUGUGGCUCGGCACGUACCCCACCCCGGAGGAGGCUGCCCGUGCUUAUGACCAGGCCGCUAGGCGAAUCCGUGGUGAUAAGGCCAAGCUCAACUUCUCAUACCCUCCCCACUGCCAGCCACCGGCGCCAACUCCGCCCCCUCCAGCCCCGUUAGAGCCGCCUUCGAAGAAGAGGCCCCUCGAUCCCACUGGGCAUGCUCCUCCAGGUUACUUCCAGUCAGAUAUAUACCCAAUGGGCAUGGUCGACGAAUCGCCAUCAUCAUCGGUGACGACUUCUUCGACUGAUUUUGAGCUGAAAGAGCAGAUAUCAAGCCUGGAGUCGCUCUUGGGCUUGGAGCCAGAAGAGCUGGCACCCGAGCAACCUCGGCCGUGCAGUCGUACUAUCGAACCUGAGGCAGCUGACCUGUGGAUGCUUGAAGACUUGGUCACUCACCAGUACCACAAGCAGUACAAUAACCAACUCAUUUACUAGAACAAAGGUCAUACGUGCCUAAACUCUCGUAGGUCCUGUUCGUCCAUGCAUCUGAUCUCAAAUCCAUAGCUAGCCUCAGACUGUGUUAUAUAUGCAGUAAUCGAACCAAUAGCCUGAGAAGCGAUAUCUUGGGGUCGUGGAGGGGGACCGACGAGAACCGUGGAAAUAGCACAAUAUAUAAAUAUGUGCUAGAUGUAUGAGAUUGUACGCUUGAAUUUGGUUGUGGUGUAUAUGUAUUUGCAGUGUCAGUGCGUUGAUGUUUCGGCUUUGGUUUGUCGUGGAAAAACCUUCUCUAUGGCGUGUAAAUAUUGUUUAACUAAUAAUUAUCAUAUUCUCUUCUAUGAUA